UUAUCUGUUAGUUUAGAUUAGUUUUACUUUAAUUUUACCUACUUGAACAAACAAAAAAAAAGAAUAUUUUUGGCGUCUGCAAAUUUUAAGUGCAUAUUAAAUUAAUUUAAAGUUUUUUUAAAACAAGCCUCAGGUUUGCUGGAUCGUGAAAUGGCAAGGUUCUUCAAGGCUCUGCUUUGAAUGAACUGAUAAGAGAAAAUAGAAGGCCCGCUGGAAGACAAUCCAUCGAAACUAAAGUGAAGUUGUGCUCUAAAAUGGGAGUCCUUAGGAUGUUGAUUCCUAUUGCGGUUCUGGGUAUUACUUUCCCAUGUAUAUCCUCCCAGGUUUGGCGUACUGGCUACAAGGGACAUGGCACCACCCACGAACAAAUGGGCGUGGUGCAUUGGCCCCUGGCGGAGUUUACCCAGUAUUUGUCGGUGGUUAACUACUCGACCACACCGGAAGUCCGAACCGGUGGCAUGGAACCCGCUUAUAGAAUCGGGGAGAACAUCCUAAAUGGCAUUUUUACCGAUGAUCCUCCAAUUCCACCGGGUUACGUAAAGUUGAGGAACGAUGACACCUAUGUUUUGGGACCAAAAGUGGAACAGGAAGAGUGGGACGACUUGUUGAGGAGCUACAUGUUGUUCAUUUUUUUGGUGAUCUGUAUAAUGAUCAUCAUUAUCAUUAUACCGUGUUUGGGUAUCUGUUAUUGCUGUUUCUGUUGUUGUCGGCGCUGUAAACAAGGAUGUCCACCCUGCGAACAAGAUCGAGAUGCGAGACGACGUCUGAUUUGCGGAGCCUGCCUGUUCCUACUCAUCCUGCCCAUCAUCCUGGGCCUCAUCAUUGCCUUCUUAUCGAAUCGAACACUGGAUCUGGGAUUGGAGGACACCUCGAAGACCAUGAGGAUGGGCAGCGAGGACACCUGUACUUUUCUGAGGGACGUAUCAGACAAUAUCCAUCAUUUGUUUGUAUACAAUUUCGAGGAAAUGGAAAAACACCUCACAGAUCUUCUAGGAAAGGCUCAUCUACACGUUUUCAUGGACUUGAGCGACACAUCUGAGGCGAAUUCUAUGGAGGAACUGGCACGAGUUCUAGCUAAUACACCAAAGGCUUUAAAUCUAAUGAAGCAGGUUAACUUUCUGGAGAAAGAGAUCCGUUUCUUUACCGCCCAAUUAAGAGAUGGUUUGCGAGGUGUGAAGCGUGAGACAAACUUUGCGGUGUCGGUUCUUUGUCGAGUGGACGAAUGCAGACGUUUCUUGACCCGAAACGAUAUCCAGUUUUUAGACACGUCCACCUGUCUGAAUAUGGAGGAGUUGCCAGACUCCAAAGUUUAUGUGGACGCCUUGGACAAGAUCGUUUCGACCGGGUUAGCAGAUCUUCCUCAGAGGGGUUUGGCUCGACUGAGGGAAGUUCAGGAGAAGAUCAAGGCGGAGUUGGAUCGCGUUUCGCCGCCCAUCUACAGGGAUCUUUCCCUCGCCAAGGAAGUAUUUAGGUCGCACGCGAAGUUCGUAACCAAUGCAAUUGAUGCCGUCAUCAGCCAAGUUCACUUGGCCACCCUGAAUUCCUCCAAGUCCUUUGACGAUGUCUACGAGAGGUUCAACGAAAGCCGUUCCACACUCAACUUGGUCGUCUGCAUACUGAUUAUCAUUGUACUGGUUCUUUUGUUAUUUGCUCUGCUUUUCGGGUGCCUGGGCAGUACCUCUACAGGUCCUGGCAAUGGUGUUUGCAGCAAAGUAACUGGUUCUUGGUUCCUUCUAAUUGCUAUUAUCCUGUUGUUCUUCAUCCUGUCCUUCAUCUUCCUGGUGGGACUGUUCUACUUUGUUCUCGGGGUGGUGAUCUACGAGGGAGCCUGUGCUCCCCUAAGAGAUAUGUCGAACAACACGCUAUUCCGAACCCUGGAACCCUCCGUAAAUCUCAUGCAGGCAAUGCCCCGUGAGGAUGGAACGACAGUGGUUCCCCUGAAAGUAUCCUCUGCCAUAGCAGCCUGUCGCGAGGACGAGGCCAUAUUUAGCUAUUUACGGGUAAAUGGAAUCUACGAUGUGGACGAUCUAAUGCGGAUUCAGGUAAUCAGCAACGAAAUGCCAAUGCAAAAACACGUUUUUCGGGGGGAUCUGUCCUCGGUGGUAUUGCUGGAUACGGAGGAGAAGGGCAAACUUAAUGAUAUGCGGAACGAUAAACUGGCAGACUAUCACAGCACCCUCUACACAAAGAUCCUGUGCACCCAGUUUGCUCCAAUCAGUCUGGACACGUUGGCGGAUAGGUAUUACGAUCUGUCCGAAACCAUAUCCCGCAGGAGCUUCAAGGAGGCGGUCAUCAACUUUAAGAACCAGAACCUCCACCUCAAGGCCUACGUCGAACACUUCGAGAACAAACUUCAGUCGCACAUAAAGAGGAUAACUCGCCUGCUGGAAACCAUCGACAAGCUGAUCCUGUACGAGAACUACAACUUCGCCACCAGCAUCCACAUACUGCUCCAGGCAGUGGCCAGGUCGGAGGAUUUCAUCCAGCACCGUGGUGUGCAGUUCAUCAACACUUUGGGCAAGAAUCUCAGCAUGGUGGUGGACGAGCAGGCGGAGGAGUACAUCGGCUACGUCAGUGCCCAGUGCAGCCAGAACGUGGGCCACUGCCGACCCCUCAGCUACAUUUACGAUCGCAGCGUCCAACUGGUCUGCCGACGACUGGUCGAUCCGAUAAACGGCUACUGGGUGGGAAUCCUACUGUGCGCCCUUUUCCUAAUACCCGUGCUGAUCCUGGCCCACUUUCUCAUGUGCCUGUACACAAAAAUCAUGAUAGUUCCAAUUGUGGCAAUCGGUGGAUUUGCAGCUGUGGCUGGAGCCCGUAAUUGUCCCAUUUGUACUGGGGAGCCAUAUGUACCUCCGCCGAUCAUAUCCUGCGGUGGUGGUCAGCAGGCAUAUUGUGGGUGCAGGAUGUCGGGUGCCGGAACCAAGGUCUUCGAGAUGGAUUUCCAAGAGACGGGCACCGACAUGUCCUCGGACAGCUUACUGAUAAUAACUUCCGACGACGAAAUGAAAAAGAAAGACGACUAGCAAAUCUGAAAGCAUUUUUACAAUUUUUAUCGUGUUUUUACAAAAUU